AUGGCAGAAAUGAUUGCACAAUUUCUGCAGCAAAGUACCAAAUCAUCAGUUCAAGAGGACCAAGAAGAAGCAGGAAGCCUCAUUACAUUAGAUCUACGCGGAGAAAAAAUUGUAUUAGAACGAGAAGAACUGAUCAGUCUUCCAGAAAGUAUUUUACUGUGUUUAUUUCCAAAUGGAUGGAUGAUUAAUGAAGGAAUGAACGGUGAACCAGUUUUUGUAGAUUAUGACUCGUCAAUUCUAUCCUAUGUGAUUCAAUUCUUUUGUGAGUCGGUUUCAACAUCACGUAUAGAACAAGAAGCAUUGAAUGAACAGAGAGCACCGUUUCCAGGAAAAGUGGCUAUUAUUGUUUUAAAAGAAGAUCUUGAUUUCUAUGUGAUUGCACCGUCACCGGAUGAUACAAAGGAAGAAACACAGGGAGAAAGGAUAUGCAACAGACACAUGCUGAAACGUGAAGUUGGGAAGCGGCUUGUUGAUAUUGAUGGGGUAUUUGAUGGGCUUUGGAGGACAAAGAAUGUUGAAUCAAAUGGAGGUAUUGGUACAUCGGAGCAGUACUUAAUUGAUAUGUUAUGUUCAAGCGGAUUUAAGAAGGAAGAUAAAUGGCCACGGCGGGUACUGGAGCCAUCACGUGCAUGCAUUUCUAGUUUAGCCUUAACAGAAGUAAAAAAUAACGAUAAACCGUCAACGUCUAUUAAUACCAGUCAAAAACUUCUUUUAUUCUGGAGAAAACCUGCUAGAAAAUGUUGGUGGGACUGUAUGGAGUUUACGAAUAUCGAAGGGAGCAUGGGAAAGGUAAAGGUAUGGGCACGAAGGGUUUGGACAUUGGAAUUAAGCAUUCUUUCUGUGAAGUAA